AUGAGCCAAUUUAAGGAUUUGAGGAUACUUUCACUGUCUUAUAAUUAUAUAGAAGAUUUUAGGGAAUUAAAGUACAUUCCGGCAUCGGUAGAGAAUUUAUCUCUAGAAGGGAAUCCGAUAUCAAACCAUCCUAAUUACCGACUAAAUGUUAUUGAAAAUAUACCACAAUUGAAAAUACUAGAUACAAAACCGAUUAAGGAUUCGGAGAGAAAGGAUAUUCAUGAAGCCAAUCAAUUGGCUGAUUAUAUUCCUAAAUUGUUGUUUGCCUUGGACAAACUCUGUUCCAAGACUUACAAGGACCUUGUAAUGCUUGGAGCACAGGUAGAACAGUACAGAAAAUAUGGCAAUCUCUCUCCGAACAAUGUAGAAAAUGAAUUUGAAUUUAGUUUUCCAUCUUAUAUACCCAAGAAUGGAGAAUAUAAGCGAUGUGUCAAGAGAAUACCUCCACUCUCUGAUGUUAAGGAUACUAGGAUAACUGUUGAGGGUGUAAGAAAUUUAGCAAGAAAUAUGUUCGAUGAAACUCUGAUAAACUCCACUCUUGACGAAUGCAACAAUGUUGCAGAAUUGGAAUUGGAUCGUUUCAAAUUGGAACUAAAGGAAUCGAUUGUAAAACAAUAUAAGGAAGUUAAAAAGUAUGCAAAUGCUGUUGCAUGCUUGGAAAAGGAACAAAAAUUUGUUGUAUAUUCUGGAGAUCAAACACAAUUGUACAUAUUUAUCAAGUGCAUGGUUCAAGUUGCCAAUCAAUUAUGUAAGUAUAAUUGA